CAAAGAGCACAAACAAGAACAGGGAAUCGCAGCAAAUCACCCAAGAUAUCAACAGUACAAUACAGAGAUGAAGACAUUUGUUCUGUUGCUCACCGUGACAGUGGCCUUUGGAGUACCAGUGCCAGAAUGGGCUCCAGUGGACGUACCAUCGGAGGAGGCCGGUCCCCGCCUGGCCGACAUUCUACCAGUGCAAGGGCAUGUGGUCCAGGAAGAUGUCCAACCAGAUGCAGGUCUGGAGAAGGUGGAGAGGCCUGCUGAACUGCCCCCCAUAGUUCAAGAGGAACCAGCUCCAGCUAAACAAGAGACAGUUGUUGAGGAAGAACCAGCUCUACUGGUCCCUGUUGUACAGGACAAGCCUGCUGAGCAGGAACUUUUAGAACAGGACAAGCCUGCAGAGCAGGAACCUUUACAACAGGAUAAGCCUGCUGAGCAGGAACCUUUAGAACAGGAGCAGGAACCUUUGGUAGAACAGGUGCAGGAAGAGGUCCAGGAGGAGGCCCAGCCCGAGGAAGAUGUUUUGGAUGAAAAUGUUAAUGACCUGAAAGAAAGUCUGAGUGCAAAUCUUCUCCCGGAGGAAGAACCUGCAGUGGAAGAAGUGUAUAUCCCAAGCGAUGAGCCAGUGAUGAGGGCAGAACUUCCAGUGGAGGAAGAGACAGUUGUGCAGGAGGUGCACCCAGAUCAAGUGAGGCCUAGAUGGGUAGAGGAGCCAAUCAUGGAGCUGAUAGCCGAAGAGGAGGACGGGGACAUGUAUGGCAGGUUAACUGAAGAGGAAGGUGAGAUGGCUGAAGUACCUGAGAUGGUGCUGGAACCCCUGCCAGAGGAGGAGCCAGUAGAAGAUGGAGCCGAGACAGAGACAGAUUUACGGGACCCAAGGCUUAGACUGGUGGAAGAGCCGACAGUAGAGCUGGAGCCCCUGUUUGGAGAGGAACUCACUUCCGAUGAUGAGCCAGGAUCUGAGGCUGUGCCUGGAGAGGAGGAGGAACUCUUGGAGGAAGAGGGGCCAGUCAUGCCAGGUGAAAUGGUGGUUGAGCUGGAGGAGACACCAGGUCAGGAGCCCAGCAUGGAGAUGGACCCAGAGGGGGAGCCCGUUCCUUGGGCACGGUCUGGCUUGGCAGAGGGGCCUUUGAUGGACGGCAUGACUCUGAAACAGGCAAUGAUGGAGGAGGAGCCUGACAUGUGGGUGGGGCCCGAUGUGAUGAGGGAGAGGCACAUCCAGGACACAGAGGAAGAGCCAGAGAUGUGGGCGCGGACAGAUGAAGAUGCUGCAGCAGUGGUUAGAGGGAUGGACAUGGACAAUGAGAUUUUUGUGGGAAUGGAGAGCAGUGACUAUGAACAGGCAAGGCCUUAUGCAGAAGACGUAGUACCUAUGGAUGGAGAGUUUUCUAAUGCAGUGGACACCCAGAGGGGCUCAUGCAGUGGAGCGAUCAUUGAUGGUCGAUGCUACCAGUUCUACCCAGAACGCAAGGAGGCAGCAGAUGCUGAGCUCUUCUGCCAGAGCAACUUCCCCAACGGCCACUUGGCGUCCAUCACCACCCCUUACAUCCACGACCAGAUGAUGAACCUCAUGGCACAGAGCGGUGGCUUCACACGCACCUGGGUCGGAGGGCUCAAAUACCUGAAGACUGGCCGCUUUAUCUGGCUGGACGGUGCACACUGGGAGUACAAUGACUGGCUCCCUGGGGAGCCCAACGACACCGUUGGAGUAGAGGACUGCGUAGAAUUACUCAGUAAUGGGAAGUUUAAUGACAUGCCUUGCUGGGACCUACGGGCAUACAUUUGCUCAUAUCCUCUGUGAUGAGUCAGCAAGACCUCUGUGAUGGGUGGGAUCCUCCAUCUUCAGCACAAGUCAGACCUGACUCUCUCCACUACCAUGGCAUUCCAAUUGGUAAUAAGUGAAUGAUAGAAGUCAUGAACCUGGCCAAGUUUUCAAUGCUCUGCAUGCACCAGACAAGAUUGGUGCUCCAAUGUAAAGGCCUACGCACUGUUGAUAUAUUGUUGUAUUUUGUAUUCAUCAAGCCAUUUGUUGUUUAUUGGUUGUUCUUUUCUGAUGUAAAUAUUUUGUUAAUAAAUACAAUU